CGCUUACUCGGUUAUGUUGAUGGAUCUGAAACCUCUCCACCGGCUCUUAUUCUUGAUGAGAAGGCUGCUGCGCCGGGCAAGGAUGCACCCCCGGUUAUGAAAUCCAAUCCAGCCUAUGAAUCAUGGCUUAUCGUCGACGCUCAGAUUCGGGCCUGUCUCCUUGCAAUUGUUUCACCCACGGUUCAGACUCAUAUUCAUCCUCUUCCCACAUCUACUGCAAUCUGGAAUCAUCUUGAACAACGGUACAAUUUUCUUUCACGCACUCAUAUUUUUCAACUGAAGGAGCGCCUGCACGGUGUCACUAAGGGUACCGAUUCCAUGCAAACGUACUUGGACACUGUUCUCACCAUUGUGUCGUCUCUCAAAUUGGCUCAUGAAGAUAUCUCUGAACAAGAUAUUAUCUUGUGUGUUCUUCGUGGUUUACCGGCCGACUACGCCGCACUCAAACAAAACAUUCGCACCAAUAUUGCCAGUGUCACUUUUAAUCAGGCGACUCUGGCUCUACCUCGUCUGUCGAUAUCCAUAAUGCCCUUUUCACCAAUUCCGGACGAGGGGCUGGACGUGGCCGUGGGCCGUCACGAGGACGAGGAGGCCCUUACCGGGGCAGUAACCCUGGCAGCAGGGGUGGCCGGCAGCCACUGGGCCGUGAUGAUCCGCGCGGCAGAGGUGGCGGACGAGGGGCGUCUGUCACAUGUCAACUUUGUGGGAAGCCCGGCCAUGCGGUCUGGAAUUGUUGGCACUGCUACGAUGAAUCCUACACUGGUCCUCCGCAGGCAUUUUAUGCAAGCCAAUCCACUGAAGCUAGUUCGAACUGGCAUCUGGACACUGGAGCAAAUACUCAUGUCACGCCUGAUUUGUCUCGGCUACAUACUCUGGCACCAUAUCAUGGCACCAAUUCCAUCACCACUGCAGGAGGUAACACCUACCCUAUUGACCAUACAGGUUCAGGUACACUCACCACCCCUCUCCACACUUUUACCUUAACCAACCUCCUCCAUUCCCCUCACAUUAAUUCUCAUCUUCUUUCCGUCCAUCAAUUUACUAAAGAUAAUAACUGCUCUCUUCUUUU